AUGAUAGAUAUUGUCUUGGUCAUAAACGACCUUAAAUUUGUUCUGAUAGAGGAAUGUCCUCUGGUCUUUGAGCCCAAUGCAUCACGAAAUGUUUCUGAUGCUUAUGAGAAGUGGAUCAAGGCCAAUGAUAAGGCCAAAGUCUACAUUUUGGUAGGUUUAACUAAAGUCCUGAUCGAAAAGCAUGAGACCAUGAUCACUGCACGUGAGAUCAUGGAAUCAUUGUGUGAUAUGUUUGGAAAACCUUCCUCACAAGCCAUGCAUGAUGCUCUUAAGUUCAUCUUCAAUGCAUGGAUGGCAGAAAGAUCAUCUGUUAGGGAACAUGUUCUUAACAUGAUGAUUCAUUUCAAUGUCGUCAAAAUGAAAGGAGGUCUCAUAAAGGAGCCCAGUCAAACUUUUGAGUCUUUAAUGAAAGUCAAAAGAACCAAUGGGGAGACAAAUGUUGCCUUCUCCAACAAGAAGUUCCACAAAGGUUUGACCUUUGGAACUAAGUCUAUACCUUCUUCCUCUUUCCGUGUCAAGAAUUGGAAGAAGAAAAAUGAUGGAAAGGGGAACAAAGCCAUCAUUUCUACUACUAUCUAG